UUCAAUUUGUGGUGAUUGAGAUGAGACUGUCUAUGUUUUUGAGCCUCAGUAAUUUUUCCAAGUUGCGCAGUACACCUUCGUUCUCCAGAGCUGUUUCAAAAUCGCUACAUCACUAUGCACCUUUUUGCCUUUCUAGUAAAGUUCUGAACCCUAGUCGUCAUCUCUCGUUGUAUUCCCAAAAAAGUUAUCUGGGUUCAUCCUCUUGGAGACGUUGGAGUUGGCACAAUAACUUUUCUUCAACCAGUCGCUUUAGUAAAGUGGACCAGGAUUCUGAUGCCGACUUUCAGCCAAAGAUUAAAAAACCCGUAACUUCUAGUAUUCACGACGUUAUCAAGCAGCAAGUGGACAAUGCCGACGUCGUAUUGUAUAUGAAGGGUUCUCCUUCGUCACCUAUGUGUGGAUUUAGCUUUAAAGUUGUGCAAAUAUUGAAUAGCUUAGGUGUUGAGUAUCAGACAUACAAUGUUCUGGCUGACGAAACCUUGCGACAAGGUAUCAAGGACUUUAGCAACUGGCCAACUAUUCCACAGCUAUAUGUGAAAGGCGAGUUUGUGGGAGGCUGUGAUAUCAUAGAGAACAUGUACCGUUCAGGAGAGCUGCAAGCUUUACUUUCAAGCUAUUCUAGAAAUACUCAAAGCUCAUAGGCACUUUUUAAGGCAACAUAAAGCAUGUAUUGCAGUUGAAGCUUUUAGAAAAAUGUUUUUU